UUCUAUCUAGAAAGAAAAAAAAAAGAAAACAGCAAUCUUUGCAGUUGAUUUGAUUGCAGUUUCAUUAUGUGGGAAUUGGUGGUGGUUGUAGAUGAUGAUGGGAUUGAGCUAUGCUCAUUUGCUUCAUGCAAACCUCUCCUCUCAUCAAGAGCUGGAGAUUUAACUCCUUUUGAUUGAAAAAAAAAAUUGAAGCCACAAACACAAAAUCCCAGGAUGAACACAGUUUGCUCCCCUUAUUUUGAUCCUGAUUUUCACAACCUUCCAGAGAGGAUUCAUGGACCAGCUUUUAGAGUGAAUGUGGACAAUGAAAGCUUAGAAGAUUGCACAAUUGUUAAGAUUGACUGUGUGAACAAGCAAAGCCUCUUGUUGGAUGUGGUGCAAGCUCUAACUGAUUUGAACCUCACCAUAUCUAAAGGCUACAUCUCUUGUGAUGCUGGCUGUUUCUUGGAUGUUUUUCAUGUGAAAAAUGAACUGGGCUUCAAGGUGACUGAUCAAAGAGUGAUCAACUACAUCCAGCAGGCAGUGAGCGCGGGGAAAGCCUCUAGCCCGAAGGCAGUCAGCCGCGGGGAGGCUCAGGCAAUAGAGAUGACGGGUAAGGACCGUCCGGGGCUGUUUUCCGAGAUCUCAGCAGCACUGGCUGACAUGGGGUGCAACAUCGUGGAGGCGCACGCGUGGAGCCACAACGCGCUCCUGGCUUGCAUCGCCUACAUAUCAGAUCAGUCUGUGGACACCCCCAUCGAUGACCACAGGCUCCACGCCAUCGAGGACCACCUCACCACAGUCCUCCGCGCCACCACAGCCACGGAGGAGGAUAGUGCUGCCAGCCACCAGGAGGUGAAACCCGCGGCCGGGCUCCCCAAGGGGGAGCUGAGCAGCACAACCAGAGUGGAGCGGCGCCUCCACCAGCUCAUGCUCUCCGUGCGCGACUUUGACAGCCCAACGAGCUCCCGGAGGACGAGUGUGUCCAUUGAGAGGUGCAUUGAGAAGGGCUACUCAAUUGUCACCAUCCAAUGCAAGGACAGGAGAAGGCUAAUGUUUGACACUGUCUGCACACUUAUUGAUAUGCAAUAUGUCAUCUUUCAUGCCUCAGUAGAUGCUUGCAGAGGCUUUGCAUACCAAGAGUACUUUGUGAGACACGCGGACGGGCGAGCAUUCAACACAGAGAGUGAGAAAGACAGAGUCAUAAAAUGCUUAGAGGCCGCGAUAGAACGAAGGGUCUGUGAGGGGGUUCGUGUGGAGCUGUGCGCGUACAGCAGGGUGGGACUGCUCUCGCACAUAACACGGGUGCUUAGGGAGAACGGGCUAGCAGUGGUGAGAGCAGACAUCGCGACACAAGGAGAGAAAUCAGUGAAUGCAUUCUAUGUGAGGGAUAUCUCAGGGAACCAUGUGGAUUUGGAGUUCAUCAAGUCCAUGAAGAGAGAGAUGGGAGCAAUAGAUCUUGCAGUAAUGGAUGAUGACAAAGCCAUUCCCACACCAACUCAAUGGCCUAAGUUCUCGAUUGGGGACAUAUUCGAACGCCUCUCCCGCGCCAUCAAAUGA